AUGGCAAAGUUUAGAGAUGACAGAAGAGUUGGCAAAGGUGUCCACCUUCAACUCUCCUUCCAAGAUGGCCAACCUUGGGAACCAGUCAAAAUUCUGCUUUUGAGCAACUGUGAGACCUUAGAUGAGUUACCCAAGGUUUCUGAGAGUUUCGGCUUCCUCAUUUCUAAAAACCAGGAUAGCGCCUACUUCACAGCCUUACUCGUCUUCUGCAAUUUUGAGAUAACCCGCCAGGGGGAGCAGUUGAAACACACAACGAGCUUUGGCGCUGCGGGCCAGAGUCGCAGCUACAGGAGGCAGCAGCUCUUCCGGCCUGCUGUCCUUCGGGAUGAUCCUGCCUUCUCCAAGGAUGGACAGUGGUGGCAGUGGGCUUGGCAGAAAACAGUCACAGCAGAGUCGCAGAACAUAAGUUCCAGCCAUGGGGAAGGUAAGGUAGCCAAGCUGCGUUUCAUGAGCCAGGAUGACUUCAGGGUUGAAAUGGGCAUAAAGAACCAUGAAACAGUUCCCAGCAGUUUGAUUGCUUCCACUGCCAGCCUGAAACAUGGUGGCUGUAAUAAAAUUUUAAGAGAAUUAGUGAAAUACAAACUCAUAGCUUGGGAGCAUACCAAAACUGUCCAGGGAUAUUGGUUGACAUACUCAGGCUACGAUUAUCUAGCUUUGAAAACACUUUCUUCUAGACUAGUAGUUGACUCUGUUGGAAACCAGAUGGGCAUUUGCAAAGAAUCAGAUAUUUACACUGUUGCAAAUGAAGGACAGCAGUUUGCAUUAAACCUUCACAGACUAGGGCCAGGGAUUUAGCUCAGUGACUAGCAUGAUUACCAUAAGCACAGGCAUGUUUCUUGGCCUUAUUUGUCUCAUCUCUCUGCUGUGAAGGAAUUUGCUUAUAUGAGGGCAUUACAUGACAGAAAAUUUCCAAUUCCAAAGCUGGUUAAUUACAAUCGCCAUGCAGUGGUCAUGGAGCUCAUAAGUGGUUAUUCUCCAUGUCAAAUACACCACAUUGAAGAUCCUGCAUCACUAUAAGAUGAAGUGAUGGAACUCAAUGGCAAACUUGAAAAUCAUGGGCUGAUUCAUGGAGAUUUCAAUGAAUUCAAUCUCAUAUUGGAUAAAGAUGACCACGUCACCAUGACUGAUUUUCCACAGAUGGUUUCAACUUCUCAUCCCAAAGCUGAAUGUUAUUUUGACAGAGACAUUAAAUGCAUUAGAGAUUACUUCACGAGAUGUUUUGGCUUUAAGAGUGAGCUUUUUAGUGAUAUCAGGAGGGAGGAUUCUCUUGAUGUUGAGGUUUCCGCCAGUAGUUAUACAAAGGAAAUGCAGGCAGAUGAUGAACUUCUACAUCCAGUAGGUCCAGAUGAUAAAAUCACUGAAACAGAGGAGGGAUCUGAUUUUUCAUUUUCUGAUGAUGAGGUGUCAGAAAAAGCAAGGUCAGAAGUUGAACACAAACAGAAUGCUGUCAAUGAAUCAAGAGGCUGCUACUCCAGCUCAUAUGGAGACCGUGAACAGACAGAAGGAGACCGCUUAUCAGAAGAGAGUGCCCAAGCACACAAUUUUGAAACGACUAAAUUCAGUCAACCUUUAGAAGAAAUAAAAGGGCAGAUUGUUGAAAACAGUUGUACAACCGAGUUUUUUGAGGAGAACAAAAAUGAAAAUGACACCAUGCAAGAAGGCCAGACAGCUGAGGGAGGAAGUCCUGCUGGCUCUGAGGAGGAAGAAGAUGACUACUCUCGUCUCAUUAACCUGCUGUCAUUAAACAAAGAGUUCAGGCCUUUCAGACAUGAAGAAAAUAUGGGAAAUAUUGAUCCGUAUAAAACAAGAACUCUGAGUAUUACUUCCGCAGUCAGUGUUAUAAGCUGUUCAACGAUUCCUUCAGAAUCAGUAAAACAGAAGGUGAAAUGUCAGUUAACAAAAAAAUCAGCUGUCAGACAUCCACUACAGAAAGAAGAAGCAAAUAUAUUUACUAAGCAAUGGAGAGAAAACAUGCAAAAUAUUAAAUCAAGUUUGGAAGCAGCCAACUUUUGGGGAGACUAA